CAGGAAGUGUCCCAUCUCUCAUUUCAUGAUGAUUCUAUCCAGUACUAGUAAAAAUAUAAAUGAUUCCAAUUCGUCAUCGUGGCAAAGAACGGCUGUUCGGUCAUCAUUGUUGUCGGAGUUGAGUGAUACAGAGAGUGUCGUCCACCUAGCCACAAGUCUAGUAGAUUAUCGCUAUUUAUUGUUCACGUUGGCACAUGUAUGGUUGCAGUGUAUUUUAGUUGCCACGUAUAUUACCUUGAGUUGUAUUGUGAGGACCUCGUUACUGAGCCCUGAUGAUCGAUGUUCGUUGACUUAUAUUUUUCUGGCGAUCUCGAUGUUGUUGGAGUAUCUCUGUUGCUUUGUCCCACGGAGGGGUAAGGUAUGCCCCUCUGGUUCUAUCUAAAGUUUUUGGGAAGGUCCCAUGCACGUUUUUGGUGAGUGUGACGAUGAGUGCGUCGCGGACUCGAAACAUUUCAAUUGUAUAAAAACAAAAAAACGGUGUGUAAGACCAUGGCACGGCUUCUAAUUGAAAAAUUGCACUUUAGUCCGCCCUUUCGGGUGGGAAGGUUAGUAGGUCGGUCUCGCAAGGAUGGACAACGCCGCCCCUUGUGCGAGUUUGCGGCCUUCUUCGUUUUGC